AUGGCUGCUGCCCAACAAGCUGAUCCCGACAUAAGCAAGCCACGACGCAACACCACUGAGACGAUCACCAUUGAUCGACUCAAGCCAGCAUUCUUCGACAAGUCUGACUCGCCGGUGCAACAAGCACCUUCACAGCCUGUGCCAUCACAGCUGGCACCGCAACCUCAGACGAGUCAGUCCGGUCCAGCAGAUCCGACAACCCCAACCGACAGCACCCCUACUCUCAAUCGACGCGGUAGGAAGCUCAAACCUAAGGUUCGUUUUUCGGACUUCGUUCGCACUUACUAUUUUACAUAG